GUCCCGACUGCUUGCUCGGCAGCGGCACAACCUCGCCGACCUUCUGGCUGGAGGGACGCCGCCGCCGCCGCCGCGUCACUCACAAGCUCACUUAGUUGCGCGCUCGUCCUAACUUUGUUGACAACCGUCGACUUAGACACAAAUAGCAGCUCAGCGAGAUAGUGCACACAGUCGAGACAGUGCAGUGGCAGCAGUGCAAUGACGGGCGCCACAGUGCUUAGCGAGGAGUGGAGCUCAGGCUGGGGGCGCUGGCAGGCGCGGCUGGCGCUGCUGCUGGCGCUGCCGGUGCUGCUGACGGGAGCAUACGGCACCAACUACGUGUUCCUCGCUGCGCCCACGCCGCACAGAUGCCACGUGCCGGAGUGCGAGGGCAACACGUCCAUGGGGGUGGCGAGCUCGGAGCAGUGGGCGGCCGCCGAGUGGUCGCAGUGGGCGCUGCCGGCGGACGCGCGCUGCGAGCGCUGGCAGCCCAGCCACCACGCAUGCGCGCCGCACGUCUUCGACAACACCAGCGCCGUCGCCUGCGACUCCUACGUCUACCAGCACGGCAGCAGUAUCGUGUCUGAGUUCGACCUCGGCUGCCAGGAGUGGAAGCGCUCCCUGGUGGGCACCGUGCAUAACAUUGGCAUGCUCAUAUCGCUGCCCAUCAUGGGUUUCGUCUCCGACAGAUGGGGCCGGCGCACGGCGCUGGUGGUGAGCGGGUGCGGGGCGGGACUGCUGGGCCUGGCCAAGUCCUUCGCCACCUCGUACUACACCUACCUGCUGGGCGAGCUGCUGGAGACGGUGCUGGGCGCCAGUGUCUACCCCUCCGCUUUCGUGCUCAUGAUCGAGUGGCUGGGCGUGGAGCACCGCAUCCUGGCCAGCCUGGUGCUGGGCGUGCCGCUGUCGCUGGGCGCGGCGGCGCUGGCGCUGGUGGACUACCUGGCGGGGUACUGGCGCACAUGGGCGCGGCUGGCCUACCCGCCCUCGCUGCUGCUGCUGCUGUACCCGUGGCUGCUGCCGGAGAGCGUGCGCUGGCUGGUCUCGCGCGGCCGCAUGCACGACGCUGCGCACGUCAUCAAGAGAGCCGCGGAGUACAACGGAGCGCGUGUCCCUGCCGAGGCACUGGAGAAGAUGCUGCUGGAACGGGAGCAGAUCGGCGGCAGCGCAGAGACCAACAUUGAUGAGGGCCUGUUCACAGCGCUGCUCAAGUACGGCGCGCUGCGGCGGCGGCUGGGCGUGUGCUGCGUGUGGUGGAUGUCGGCGGUGUUCGUGUUCUACGGGCUGGCGGUGUCGGCGCACGGGCUGCGCGGCGCGGGCGGCGUGCACGCCACGUACGCGCUGGUGGCGGCGGCCGAGCUGCCGGCGCUGGUGCUGAACACGUUGCUGCUGGACCGCGCCGGCCGCCGCCCGCUGCUCACCGCCGCGCUGCUGCUCACUGCCGCCGCGCUCAUUACCAUUCCCUGCCUGCCGGAAGGGAGUGGCGGCUGGGGCACGGCGCUGUACCUGGUGGGCAAGAUGGGCGCCACGAUGACGCUGAACGCGCUGUACGUGUACACGGCGGAGCUGUUCCCGACGCGCGCGCGCCAGCGCCUGCUGGCCGCCUGCUCCACGUUCGGUCGCGUCGGCGCCAUCCUCGCGCCGCUCACUCCACUGCUGGCGGUGUACCGGUGGUGGCUGCCCACGCUGUUGUUCGGGUCGCUGCCGCUGGCGAGCGCGGCGCUGACGCGGCUGGUGCCGGACACGCUGCACCGCCGCCUGCCGGACUCCUUCGCGGACCUGGACGCGUCCUCCCAGGACGAGUCCUCGGCGCGCGCCACUCCGGUCGACGACUCCGUGUGACACGGCGCCCGGCGCCCGGCGCGGCUGUGUUCUGUCUACAAGUUGCACUUGAGAUGUAAUUUCGACUAGCUCUCUGCUGUCGUAGACUGCGUUGUACUGUAGAUAUGUACUCGACCUCGUUCUAGAGGUUACAUUCGUAGUCUUACUGCGCACGCAGUGUUGCAGACUGCGCUUCGAUUAUAUUGGUAUUCCUAGGCAAUAAGUUUUACAUUUCUGAACCAUCCCAUUUCAUUUAUUGUUUUGGUUAUUUCAAAAUAAUAUUAUUUGUAGAAAACACAAAUACCUUUAUUAGUGGAUAAGUUAAAUAUUGUAAGUAAUAUGAUUAUCUACAAAUUGUGUUUUAAAAACACAAAUGUGUAGAAACGAUGAUGUAACAUGUAGAUAGGUGUAUAGUAAGUACUACCUAUAAAUAUAAAGACAAAUUAAUAGUGAUUAACAAAUUAUUGUCUGCCACACCUUAUAUAUAAGAAACAGUAAGGGUACGUGUUAGAUACUAUAGCACCCAGAGGCGAAUUAAACCUAGACAGCGCUCUAGGCAGGCUCUUCAUAGUUGCCUUAAUUUUUUUAGCCCCGCCAUCCCUCCCUGGGCACGCGCGGCACGUGGCGCCCCCUCGUGACGUGGCGCCGGGCACUUGCCUAGUUUGCCUUAGGGCGCAGAUAGCACCUAUAUAUUAAUAUAAGUAAUUGAAAAGACAGAACAUAAUAUUAGUUGUUACAAUACUGUUGUAUGUAUAAUAAUAUGUUUGUCACCAGGCAUGGUCUGUGUUACACGAGCAUAUAACAUGUAUUAUAUAUAAUUGCAGAAUCAUUCGAUAUUGUAAACCAAAGCUGUGAAACGGCUGGAAUUUUAAAAGAAUUUUGGUAAUUAAUGCAACCGAUAGUGAGACUGUGGUUGUGCCUACAUUACCUACUUACUUGUUUUGUAAAAACAUUGAGUUAAUACCUACUUAAUUAUAAUUAUAGAUAACUAAGAAAAUAUAGUAAAUAAUUAAAACUUAUCGUUUCAUUUGUUUCUCACCGUUACGUAUACUAAGAUUUCAUUGUACAUAUGUUUGUAUGCAUUAAAUUGGAUUCUAAACAUUAGGACCGAAUUAAAAAUAUAUAUUUACCAUU